AAAUAGCUUUAAGUUCCUAACGCCUGCCGUUAUCAAAGUGACCCUCCACGUGGUCUGUGUUGACACAGAUGAGAAGCAGGACAACCUCUGAUAAGGGACUGCUUUAAAAGUAGACCCUGAGAAAGAAACUCUCAUUUUCUCAUCAACAGAAUUAACUUUAUCAGCAAAGAAACAUGAAUCUGCAGUUUAUUACAUUGGCUUUGGCCUUUGCUUCCACAGCAGCAUUUCCACUCAAUGAUGAGAUCAGUCGAGAUGCAUGGAGUUUACAGAAAGACAAUCAGGCCACUGACAAGAAGAAUUUUGACAAAGACUCAAACUCUAUGUGGAAGAACCAUGUAGUGAGCAGUGACCUUUACUCUGAAGACUCUUACAACCCAAUGGCAGCAGAACUGAGGCGCAAACUAAGCAUGGAGUCUGAGCGGCUGAGGGCCCGUCUGAAGCAGGAGCUCGCCGAGCUGAGAGAAAGACUCUCUCCUUACCCCAGCCAUCCCAAACACACUCUAGCCAAUGUGAAAGAGUUCCUCGCCCCCUUUACCAAACAGCUCCAGACGGUUCUCCAAUCCAACACUCAAAACCUUUGUGAGAAACUCAACCUGAACCUCCAGGAGCUGAACCCAGAGGAUGCAGUGCUUUACCAGGAGGCUGUGCAAAAGAUCACAACAGCUCUGGAUGAAAGCCACCAGAAAAGAACAGCAGCCUUUGAGGACUUUAAAACGAAAGCAUUCGAGGCUGUCGAGGAGGAAAGAGACAGCAGCGGAAAGGAACUAUGGGAGGAAGUCACCGCCAGGCUUGGGCAAGAAGUUUGUACCUUUAGUUUAGAGGUACAAGGAAAAGUUGCUGCGCUCAAGAUUGCUUUGAUAGGCCAUCUUGCGUCGGCACAGCCUCCAAGGGAAGUGAUGGCUUCAAAGGUGGAUCAGUUCUGCCAGAACUCUGCCACUAGGAAUCAACAGUUUAUUUCUAACUUGGACCAGCAGAUGACAACGCUCCAAGAAAGCCAGAGCCAUGGUGAGUCAACUGGUUUCCAUCAGACAAACAUUGAGUCCAUACAGGAGGAUUUCUCCACAAGACUCACAGCGCUGUUACAAGACAUCGUACACACCCUAAAUUAAACACAUCUCCAUUCCUGUCAGAAAUACAACUGUAAUGUAUUGUAAAUAACAACUGUUUUGUGAUCUGUCGCUUUGUGUAAAUAUAUUGUGGUUUGUACAGUUUUCAAAGAGAAAUCUGAAUGUUUUUGUGUGUAAUAUGUGUUGACAUGCUGUUUUGGAAAUAGUUAAGAAGAUCAGUUUGUACGUAUUUGAAAUGAACAUAUAUGUUGUCUGAUGAUUAUUGCAUCAACUUCUGUGUAUUAAUAAAAGUUUUUCUUUCUAAAUA